CAGCCGAGAAGAACGAUAAAGCAAGCCGACGACGACGAAGACGACGACGACGACGAGAAGGGGAGCGAUGCGAUUCAACAGAGGCCAGCUGGUUUCCCUCGUCGCAGUGGCGCUCACCCAGCUGGGCCAGUCGACGGGCGCGGAGUCCGUCCCAAGAGGAGUGUCUCCCGAAGACGCCCAUCUGUAUGCGGUACCAGAAGGAAAGACGACCUGGAAGUGCCUCAAAUCUGGCCAGGAGAUCAAUGCUAGCGCCAUCAACGACGACUACUGCGACUGCGACGACGGAACAGACGAGCCAGGUACAUCGGCUUGCCCCGACUCGAGAUUCUAUUGCAACAACGCAGGACAUAUUCCCUCCUAUAUCCUCUCGAGCCGUGUCAAUGACGGUGUAUGCGACCCGGACUGUUGCGACGGCUCUGACGAGAACGAUGGCAAAGUCAAGUGUCCCGACGCCUGUGCGUCGAUUGGGAAGGCCUAUAGAAAGAAACAACAGGAGAUCGAAAACAAGAGACGGGCUGGAUCAAAGAUUCGCGACAAGUACAUUGCAGAAGGCAAGAAGACUCUCGAGGAGCUAGAUGCGGAAAUCGUCAAACUCGAGGUUGAGCUCGAGGUGGCGACGGAAAGGGAGCAGAGAGCAAAGCAGCAGCUGCAACAGGCAGAGAGCUCGGACCGCCUAGUCAUUGAGAAGAAGAUGGCCUCUCCCCUGUACGCUACACUCAAGUCUCAUCAGGAAAGCCUUCGGGCGCUGAUGCAACGCGACCAUAGCCUCAAAGAUGAGCUGCGCAAGCUUACCCAUCUCCUCGAUGACCUGUCGAGAGACUACAACCCAAAUUAUCAAGACAUGGCCGUCAAAGGCGCUGUUAUGGCGUACCGUGAAUGGAAGAGGGGAGGCAACCCAGAAGCAGCGUCAGAGGGGGAGGGCGAAGACGGGGAGGGAAAGACUGUUGCUGACGAGGAACCAAAGAAACUCAACGAUUUGCUCGAUGAAGGGGAGUGGACGAAGGAGAAAUUGCUGGAUAUUGUCGAUAAGGACCCUUUGACGCUGCUCGACGAUGACAACUUCAAGGCUGGCUCGUCGGAUGACACUGGUAUCCUAUUCCGGAUACACGAAUACCUGCCCGACGCUGUGGUCCCUUACUUUGAGGCUGCCGUCGAUACCCUGCUUGACCUGCUGCUCAAGGCAAAUGUCAUCACCGAUGUCAAGCGCAAGUCACGAAGAAGCGUUGAAGAGGGGGAACCGGAGAACGUCAGCCUCGCUCGAAGCGCCCACCAAUCGGCGGAGGCCGCUCUCCGCCGUAUCACCGACUCACUGAAGCACAAGCGAGAGGCAGCCAAGGUGGCUCCCGAGAAGUGGGGUCCACAAGGCGAAUUUAAGGCCCUGGACGGGAAGUGCGUCGAGAAGAACUUUGGCGAGUACACCUACGAGUACUGCUUCUUUGGUCGAGCUACGCAGAAGCCCAACCGUGGCGGUGGUCACGUCAGCCUUGGCCGAUUUAGCCGAUUCGAGCCGAAGAAUAGCAGCCUCACCCCAGCCGAUCCCGACUUUUUCCUCCGACAAAUCUACGACGCCGGUCAGCGGUGCUGGAAUGGCCCCGAUCGAAGUGUCAUCGUCGACUUGGCUUGCGACACUGAGAACGCGCUUUUGGACGUUUUUGAGGGGGAAAAGUGCAUCUACGAAGCCAAAGUCACAACACCAGCAGUCUGCCAGCCGCUUGUUGAGUCGCCGCCGGCCCAGCAGCACCAUUCGGCCAAGGACGAACUGUGAUUUUAACGUAGAUGAAUGGACAGGACCUUUUUUGAUGCAGUGGAAGAUGUCUUCAAGCUGGUGGCUCAGUAGUAGUAAUGCUGAGAGACUACGCUCGUUUAGGACUUGCACACAACACAAAUGAAAGCCGAAUCGUUGUCCGGUGAUUGCACUCUGUUCCUGGGAUCUCGGCGGGCCGAAUCUCUAUCUCUUAAUCGGCUUCUCUUGUCGUGUUGUAGUCAAACGACUACGACAGAGCGGCACGGGUUCUGCUGCCCUGGACGUCACACGGUCGCUCAUCCAAUGAAAAGAGGC